UCCCAGGGAUCUGUAGUUUUACAAGGAUUUUUUAGCCAUCUCUGCCACAGUGCGCUGAUGCUUCACCAAACUACAAAUCAUUUUGUGGUGCUUGUGCUCCUUUUGUGGUUAGGACACCUGAGCACCCUGGGUUGGUUCAAUAAAAAUAUAUCUGUCUUGUGGAUUUUGGGUGCUAUUGUAUUUGCCACAUGGCCAACUCGGCUAGCCGGGCCCAAUAAAGGUAUCCCUGCUUUGUGGAUUUGGGGUGUUAUUGUACUUUGCCACAUGGCCAACCUAUGUUUCCAGUAAUGCAGAUGUCCUAUGGCUUUGCAUCUUAGAGUGAUGGUUCCUUUAAGAGGAUCUGUUGUUAUAACAAACUGGUUUCCUAGCAACAGAAAUGCAUUGUUUCUACCCAACAGCCAAUCGCCAUUCUCCUGAUUGGCACUUUCAUCUCCGUCCAGUUCAUCCCUGGAUCCUUCCUCCAGGGCAGGCAGAAAAGAGGUCUCCAUCAUGUCCCUCCUUUCGAACCCACAACCCCUGGCUGCUCUUCCAAAGAAAGAUGUUCCCAUGAUGUCCCAGGAAGACCCUCUUUCGCACCCACAACCACUGGCUGCUCUUCCAAAGAAAGAAGAUGUCCCUAUGAUGUCUCAGGAAGAUCCUCUUUCGCACCCACAACCGCUGGCUGCUCUUCCAAAGAAAGAAGAUGCUCCCAUCAUGGCCCAGGAAGAACCUCUUUCGAACCCACAACCACUGGAUGCUAUUCCAAAGAAUGAAGGUGUCUCCAUCAUGGCUGCGGAAGAACCUCUUUCGAACCCACAACCACUGGCUGCUCUUCCAAAAAAAGAAGAUGCCCCCAUCAUGGCCCAGGAAAAAGCUGUUUCGAACCCACAACCGCCGCUGGCUGCCCUUCCAAAGAAAGAAGAUGGGAUCCAGGCAGGCCAAGAGAUGACCAGCGACUACUACCGAGUUGAUCCAAAUUUACCCUCUCGCUUCAACCAUCCAGAAUGGUUUCGGGGUUACAGAAUGAAAGAGCGCAACCCAUUGUUCAGGACAACCAACAUGGACUAUGGUGGAAAACCACCCACCGUACAUGAGAUGCCGACCUCCUUCCACGUCAGUCCGCAUACCUUCACAGACACUCGCCUAAAGUUUGGCAAGUAUAUAAACCAUGGCAUGAACACAGCCCUAGAGAAGAGUUAUGUGACCGGUCCAGAUAACCGCAUCACUGCCUUUGAUACUUUUGACUUCCAUCCCAGUUACAGAACUGGGGGACCAUCUUUUUGUGAAUAGCAGGCCCUGGUGCUCACAAAACUUUCUGCCAACUUGUUCCCAAGUGAUAAAAUAAUACUGCUGCCAAUAUAUAUAUGUAUUUAUUUGCCAUGUUCAUUCCUUUCUGAAUAUUUAUUGGUAUGAUGUUUAUUGUAUACUUAUGUGCUCCAGAGUCAUUCUGAAAUCUUCUUGUAAACUUCCAGGAGGCCGCUCUGGAGUAAGUGGUUCAUGGUUUGUAUUCUGGAGGAGCAGCUAUGUUUGCAAAAAUAAAAUAAAACAUAGUUGUGUUAAAGACA